AUGGCCAUGAAAAAUUAUGUGAUCAAAAUUGCAGAGGUGCCAAACGAAGGGAGCUGCAAAGUAAUAUGCUUGAUGGAGCCUAAUUGUCUGUCUAUCAAUGUUGGACCUGUUGCAGGAGGAAGCCAAAAAUGCGAGUUGAAUAACGCCACGGAGGAAAACCAUGCUCCAUUUCUUCUCGUGAACAAUCCGGGUUACACAUAUCUUGCAAUCGAGGUAACAUUUCACAUUCUCAGGAAACUAAGAUGGUAGAAGAGAUUGUUUCAUUUUCUAAGGCUAAAGCGAUCUUACUCUUGACAUAAGUAAGGUCUGCAAAAAAAGCUUUCUUUGUUUUGUCAACAGAAUCCAUGCAGAAGUAGCCCAUGCUUAAACAAUGGCAUCUGUCAAGCUGGAUUCACCUAUAAAGGUUUUCGUUGUGUCUGUCGGGAAAGAUUCACUGGAGAAACCUGCCAAGUCAGUGAAGGUGAAAUGACUGGAUUGUGUAGGCCAGUCUCGCGUGUAGUACGCGAGGAGUCACUCACUAGAGUCCCAAACUUGAUUUCAAGAACAGAAUAUUAACCACUAAAGUAAAACUAAAAAGUAAAAGCCUAUUAUUGUAACUUUACAUGAAUAUCGCUGGUAAAUAUUAAGGAAAAAGAAAUGGUACUAAUUAAUGUUCAGAAUCAAGUUUUAUCAGCCAGAGCAGUAGUCAGGAAAGCAAACAAAAUGCCCUCAACAUCCAAACCAUUUUAAGUGGGUGUUUUGUUUGUUUGUUUGUUUUUUUGUUUUUACUGAUUUUCAGUCAAAAGAAACUGCGCAGAAAUCUACAAAUCCGCGGGUAAACCAAAUGACGGUGUGUACACCAUUAAACCUGAUAAUUUGCCUGCCUUUGAAGUAUACUGUGACCAAACAACAGCCGGUGGAGGGUGGACAGUGUUCCAGAAAAGACUGAAUGGCUCGGUUGAUUUCUACCGCUACUGGAAUGACUACAAACAUGGCUUUGGUGACCUGAAAAGUGAAUUUUGGUUGGGACUGGACAAGAUUCACCGGCUGACCUCAGAUAAUAACAGCAUGCUGCGUGUGGACUUGAAGGACUUUGAAGGGAAUACUCGAUAUGCUGAGUAUAACUUGUUUAGUGUUAUGAGUGAGAAAGAAAAGUACAAGCUGAUCCUUGGUUCUUAUUCAGGUAAAACAGUCGUCAAAAUAGUCAUUCUAGGAGGGGGGGGUAGGGAGGAGAGUGCUGAGAAAUGUAAAUAUGCUUAACAUCUUUUACAUCAAGGGCUUUAGAAGAAAAAAAAAGUGCGUAACCUCAGCUCAUCGAUAUGCAAUUCUGGACAGCGCCUACUGGACGUUGAUUAGUACAAAGGUAUUCACCGAUGGCUCGUGUGCAGUUAACCUGACGAAGUAAUCCAACUCUGAUGAGUGCUUCUGCAAACAUAUUUAUUGGCAUUAUCAGAUUGAGUGAUUCAAUCCCUAGAAUCUUCGACACGAAUCAUAGAUAUUACUAAGAAUACUUUUACUCCAUAUCAUUAUUGUUAAAUUACACUUAUCUGAUAUUUCAAGAUUUCUUUUGAAUUACGAACUGCUCAUUGUUGGUCAAACGUAAUACUCAUUGUGCGGCUCGUUUUGUUAGGAAAUUCUGGUGACUCUCUUGCUGUGCAUCGCGGUAUGCCGUUCACCACUAAAGAUCAAGAUAAUGAUCAUCAUGGAGGUAAUUACAACUGCGCCAUUAGGUACAAAGGAGCCUGGUGGUACGAGAGGUGUCACCAAUCAAAUCUCAAUGGUUUAUAUCUUCGUGGUAAUCACUCCUCCUAUGCUAAUGGAGUGAACUGGAAAGACUGGAAAGGAUAUCAUUACUCUUUAAUGAGAACCGAGAUGAAAAUAAGACGAGUGGAUUUCUGA